AUGACUAGCAUCUAUAAUGAGACAUUUUUUAGCCGACCGAUUCCUUAUUACAUACGUUUAGCUAAUAUCAAAUCUCUUUAUAUAAAACUUCCUAUCAAUAAUCAAUUUUGGUCUAUUGUUCCAAGUUUAAACCGACUACGCUCGCUUACAGUAUCAUCCCAUGAUGAUGCUUUUCAAUCUCAAUUGCAAACUUUAUUAGAUCAAGCACUUCAUCUUUACACACUAACUAUUCGUCAAGAUACAUCAUUAUCUUUACAAAUAUCAUUAUUCAAAUAUAUAAAUACAUCAGUUCGUCGUUUCGAUUUGUACGACUGUAAUUAUUGCUUCAACGAGGAAGAAUGUACUACAUUGAGUCGUUCACCUCUUGGUACUCAAUGUGAAGUUCUUUCCAUUCGAGUUAAGAAUCGCGAAAGUAUCGUUCAUCUUAUCAAAAAUAUGCUCAAUCUUCGAACAUUAAUUGUCGAAUGUAUAGAUACAAAGUGUCAUCAACGAUCAAUAUUAACAACAAACAAUGAUGAAAUUAUUCAAUGGUUAAAAAGUCGUUUGCCAUUAAAAUAUUUGAUCGUUAGAGAUCCAGAAACUGAUAAUGGUAUUUUAAUAUGGAUCUAA